AUGGAUCUUCCCUGCAGCAUUUAUGCCUCUCCGGAUAGACGAGUUUGGCCCGUUACACUAGUCUACUUCCGACGUUUUUAUCGUCGCAGAUUGUUCCUGUCACCAUCCGAGAGACAUUGCUGCGAUAUUGCGUUCGUCUGCUGGUGGACAUUCUCCGCUGUCGCCAUGCUUGAUUCAGCACACGCUGCACUCUCGCUAGUUUCUGUCAGUCUCCUUCGUUUUGAUGAACCAUAUGAGUGGCCGCCGAUUUUCGGACCACUCAGCCAGGCAUGGAGCAUCCGACGCUUUUGGAGCAAGUUUUGGCACCAGAUAGUUCGUCGAACUUACACAAACUACGGUGAAUGCAUUUCGCGCAAGAUAUUCCGUCUUCAGCCUCGCUCGUUGCCGGACAAGGUUUUCGUUAUAUUCAUGAUGUUUUUCUCUCUGAAGGUCUCUCAUGCUGCUGUUUCGUGGCAGCUUGGUGACCACUGUGGUUGGUCAUUGGAUAUAUGGUGGUUUUGUGCCAAUUUCGUUGCUGGGCUUUUGGAGGUUAUUGUGACGCAGUUGUUUUGUGAGUCUUUAUGA